GAGUUUAAAGGGUCAAAAAGAUGACGAGCAUGUCGAGCAAGAAAAUGGAGAAUUCACAGAGGCCCAUGCUUCUAUUUUUAGGGAUAUGCAUUUUCUCAUUGCAGUGGAUGCUGACCCAUCAGGAAGUCAAUGUGGCCUUAGGAGGAAUAGCAACACAAUCUUCUGUAUACCUUAACUCUUUCCCUGCUUCCUUUGCUAUUGAUGGGAACAGAGCAUCUAUCUUAAAUUCCUAUUCAUGUACACACACAAAUUGUGACUAUAACCCAUGGUGGAGGGUGGAUUUGUUGGCGGUGUAUGAUAUUAAGUAUGUAAUCGUCAUGAACAGAGGGGACGGCUAUACAGAUCGGAUAAAUGGUGCUGAGAUUCACAUUGGCAACUCCUUGGUCAACAACGGCAACAAUAACCCCAGAUGUGUCGUUAUCUCUAGCAUCCCUGCUGGUGCCUCUGCAAAUUACACCUGCAAGAUGAGGGGUCGUUAUGUGAACAUCAUCAUUCCCAAUGUUAGCCAGUAUCUCACGGUCUGUGAAGUGGAAGUCUAUGGGGUUCCAGUGCAUAGUAAGAGGGCAUUUCUGAGAUUGAAGUUUAACAGCAGUGAAGAUCUCAUGAACCCUACCGUGAGGGACAAAGUUCUUCAAAAGAUGAUAUCUGCCAAUGUCCAGCCAUCAAUGCUUCAGAUCCGUUGGACAAAGGAACCAGAGGUGGAAACUGAAACUUAAAGAGCGGUGGCAGAAAUAUGUCUUAAACAAGAAGAAGUGGUGAUAGAACAAAAUCAACAACAACAACAAAAAAAAAACAAAAUGUGUGAGGUUGUAGGUGUAGCACUUGGAACUACUAGCUAGCUGAUGCAAUACAUUUAUUAGUUAGAAGUACUAGAAUUUUUUGUUGUAUCUAUGAAAAAAAAUGUAUCUAUGAAAAAUUAUUGUUAUUAGGCCUACUACAGGGUUCGUACAAGGUGCUUGAAGUGCUUGAAUUUGGGAUUUGGUCAUUUAAGUACUGGAAACCCUUGAAAAUCUAACCCUUUUUUAUCUAACAGUGCUUAAAAAGUGUUUGAAUGAUAAAAAAUCAAAAAAUACGAAAUCACUGAAUAACUUUAAAGGGUUUAUUUUCUAUAGAACACUCUUACAAUCCUUUUACUCAAAAUAUGACUCCCCGCUGCAGCCCCUCCUCCUCCAAUGUUUUCAAAAAAGCACCUAGCGUCAUAUCUAACGACUUUUUAGACAAACCUUAGCUACUUUCCGUAGAAGAGAAUGGCCAGUACUGCCCGGUCAGCGUGAGGUCCUGCUUUCCCCCCGGAGACACGCCUCUCUCUGUGGCUACUCUGUUCAGUGAAGGGCAGAGAGGAGCAGCACAUUCAUUCGCUUCUAAAUUUCUCUCUGAGAGAUAAUUUUACAUGGAAAUAUAACACAAAAUCACAGUGCACCCGUUGUCUUUACCUUAUGUGUGGUGGUUUGGUCAGAUGACGUCACGUUUAUAAAAUCAGGAUUUUAGCAGUGUAGAGCCUGGGAAAUACAAAUUUAGUCCACCAUGGCUGGGAAAAGGAGCUAUAUUAAAAUUGGCUGUGUUUUAUUAUUAUUAUUAUUAAUAAUAUUUUUUGGAAUUUAAAAAGAAGAAAUAAAAAAUAUAUUUGAAUGACAUCUCUUGUAUAGUCCGUGAAAACCAAACCAUACACAGUACUUGAAAAGUCGUUGGAAAUCCUGGAAUUUCAUUAUGAAUCUGUACGGACCCUGUUACUAUAUACUAUGUGAUUGAUGUAUUAAACAUGCCUCUUGAUUUCUGGGUUUAGCAUAGUUGUACCUUGGUUUGAGUUUAAAACAAUAGCUAGAUUUUCUGGUAGAGUAAUGGUAGUUAAGUUUCCCUCACAAAUAUUAUUGAGUAGAUAGAGUAUAUUCAGGUUCAAAGUAUAUUCAGGUAAUUUCUAGGUUAACAUAAUAGAAAACAAAACAUUCAAAUUAUCCUGGUUGUAAGAACUGCUCAUUCAUCUGUACACCUUUACAGUUUUCAGUGCAGAUAUAUCAUCAGCUUUAUUGAACGAAUACAAUAGUCCUAAUCCUUGUCACCUCCCAACCAAUCAGCCAUCACAGUCUUGAUGAAAUUUGGUAUAAUUGGAAGCAUGUUUAAAACACAGAAAGUGCUGAGAUGUAAGAAUGAGGUUUUACUCACUGGAAUAAAUGUGUUCACUUUAAACUUUGUUCCUUCCCUUAAACACUUACCUGCUUGAGAAUUUCCAAUGUUUGUAGAAUGAUGAUUCUCAGUACAGCACAUUACCAAUUAUUAAUGGGCUUUUAAUAUAUUUAUUUAUUUGUUUGUUUGUUUGUUUACUUAUGCGAGACAAUUAUGGGAUUUUCUAUUUAAUAAAUGUUCUUUUUUUAUGCUUUUACAUG